UGUAAAUGGAGAAAAUGGAAGCUUCCAUUUCUUAUUAUCUAAUUCCAAUAUUCUCACCCAAAUUAUACGCAAGAAAAAAAUCUACAAUUCAUAAGAAUACCAAAAGGACACGCGUAGAAGGAGGGAAGGCUGCCUUUUUUAGCGUAUAACCACGCAACGUGUCUCUGUUGUCUUCUGAAGCGUCAACCAAGGACUCAAAGUGGAGCUUUUAUUUGAACUUUACGCCUUUUUCUUCUUCUUCUUCUUCUUCUUCUUCUUCUUUAUUUUGGUUGAAAGACCAAGAUUCAUCAUUCACACAUAAAACCUGAGCUGCCAACCAGAUUGGUAGCAGAGGCAAGAAGACCCUUGAGGCCAAAUGAGGCGGCGCCGAGUAUCUGGUAGCUUAGACCCAAAGACAUCUUCUUCUUCCGCCAUUGAAACAAGAGUAGACAAUUCUGGAUUAAUUGAAGCCCGAGUAGGUAAUCUGGUUGAGGACUUGAAAGCCACUUCUUUUGAUGCUCAAAGAGAUGCAACAUUUGAACUCCGGCUGCUUGCAAAGCAGAGUAUGGAAAAUCGGAUUGUUAUUGCAAACUGUGGAGCCAUUAGCUUGUUGGUGGACUUGCUCCGGUCUACAGACAAAAGGGUUCAAGAAAAUGCGGUCACAACACUUCUGAACUUAUCCAUCAAUGUUGAGAACAAGACUGCAAUUACUGCUGCCAAUGCAAUUGAACCUCUGAUUCAUGUCCUUGAGACAGGCAGUACUGAAGCCAAGGAAAACUCAGCUGCCACUCUCUUUAGCCUUUCGGUGAUUGAGGACAACAAGGUUCGCAUUGGAAGGUCAGGGGCUAUUGGGCCUCUAGUUGAUUUAUUGGGGAAUGGGACUCCUAGAGGGAGGAAAGAUGCAGCCACAGCUUUGUUUAGUUUGUCAAUUUUUCAUGAGAACCGACGUCCAAUAGUUCAAGCCGGUGCUAUAAAGUACCUAGUGGAGUUGAUGGAUCCAGCAGCUGGACUGAUUGACAAGGCAGUUGCUGUUUUAGCCAAUCUUUCUACAAUUGCUGAGGGAAAGACAGCAAUUGGUCAGGAAGGUGGGAUCCCUGGUCUGGUUGAAGCUGUUGAGUUGGGUUCUGCACGAGGGAAGGAGCAUGCAGCUGCUGCUCUUCUACAGCUCUGCACAAGUAGUGACAGAUACUGCAGUAUGGUGCAACGAGAAGGAGCUGUUCCGCCUUUAGUGGUAUUGUCACAAUAUGGCACCCCAAGGGCCCAAAAAAAGGCACAGUCACUCCUUAAAGUCUUCAGUAAAUGAGUCCUGUAAAUGCUUCUUAUGUGAAUGUGGGAAAAAAAGUUUAUACCUGUGAGUCUAGCUGCUGUACUGAGCUUGGGAAAGAAGAUGACAAAGGAAUAAUUUGGUAUUGUUGUUGAUCUCGAGCUCCAUUUGUCUAGUUCGUAUUCAUAUCAAUAUAUUUUCACGCGUGCAUGAUUGCAGUAACACAUCAAAAGGCUCUGUUACAUGCUCUCUCGUUAUUCUUGAAAUGAAAUAUGUUGUCUUUGCAGGCA